AUGUCGUCUUUAACCAAGCUUUUGCAGGAAAAGAGGAAAAAUGAGAGUACGUCAAGUGUGGGUGCCGUGCAAUCACGUAGCUCGCAGGUGGCCAACCCGAUCGCCGAAGAGGCGGAGAAAUCAGAGACCGACAACGCUUUGUUAGGUCAAUCCCAAUUCUCCUCGAGCUUUGUCACGGCCAACUCGGCUCACACUGCGACAUUUGGCGAAUCGUUUAGAGACCGAGAAAGACCGGCUCCCCUUACGAUCGAGACUCGAGGUGGUCAGUUCAGGAGUGGGCCGUCGCCGUCUGGCCUCACUCCUGGGUCUCAUCCAAACUCUCAUGGUCGUUCCAAGAACAUCCCCUCGCUCUCAUCCAACAUACCGUAUUCGGUACCCAACUCCAACGCCCCUGGCGCUGGUGGUGUUGGCACUGGGUCUAGCGGUUCUAACUCCACCACAAUCGGCAAUGGGUUUGGCGCCACCGCCUCCGGCUUUGGAGCUGGUAGCUCAGCAUCUUCUGCCUCUUCGUCGUACUUGGAAUCCUCGGGGCUGAUGCCGCACAAUGUUGCAGCUAUCGACUCUAAUGUCAUAGCGUCGCCCAAAGUCAAUAAUGUAGAUCCUAGAUUUGUGAUCUCGAAACAGAAAUUCCAAAAGGUCUCUCAGGAUAAUGCUUCCAAUCUGUACUCAAAUACUGCCAGUGGUUCAUUGCCGAGGUCAAGUUCACUCUCGUCUCAGUUGGGCAAUUUGUUUUUAAACAAGAAUGGCAAGGAAGUCAGUUCCAAUGUCAACCCCUCUGUUCCCACACACGCAUCACAGAGUAGGGAUAUACCAAACAACUCGGUUUCUUCCGCAACCUAUGGUUCGUCCAUCCCGAAGCCCAUGCGAGCCAGACAAAGCUCCUUCUACGGAAGCUCGCGACAACCAUCAGGGUCAUACCAGGACUCUUUCAUUGGAUCUCCCUCAUCCUUGCAUGAGCAUCAGCCUAACCAGUAUAUGCCAAGGUCUCGGCACUCCUCUAUUGCCGAUUUAAAGCGGUUUUUCAAAAAGGGACAGGCACAACAACUCAGUGGAUCUCCCAGCACCCCUCCUGUAUCAGCAGGGGGAAACAUUAGCUCUCAUACAUCGAAUAAUUCGUCGCUUGAGCCUGGAUCCUAUAGCAGCAAUGGUGAUACCAUCUACACAAGCACCGUAUCACCUACCUUACCAUACUCUAAGAGAUAUGCUAAGACCGGUGAAAAUCUGGGAGCCGGUGCUGGUGGCUCAGUAAAACUUGUUAGAAGGGUUCAGGAUAGCAAAGUCUUUGCGGUUAAGGAGUUCAGAACCAAGUUCGAGCAUGAGAAUAAAAGAGAUUAUGUGAAGAAAAUUACGUCCGAGUACUGCAUUGGUACAACAUUACGCCAUGCCAACAUCAUUGAGACCGUGGAAAUCGUUUACGACAAUAAUCGUAUCCUACAAGUGAUGGAGUACUGUGAUUACGAUUUGUUUGCCAUUGUCAUGAGCAAUAAAAUGUCUUACGAAGAAAUUUGUUGUUGUUUCAAACAGAUAUUGACCGGCAUUUCAUAUUUGCAUUCAAUGGGAUUGGCUCACCGCGAUUUGAAAUUGGACAAUUGUGUAAUCAACAAGGACGGUAUUGUAAAAUUGAUUGAUUUCGGCGCGGCAGCGGUCUUUUCAUAUCCGUUUUCGAAAACAUUGGUGGAGUCUUCUGGGAUUGUUGGCAGUGAUCCAUAUUUAGCCCCAGAGGUUUGUAUUUUCUCCAAGUAUGACCCACGUCCCGUGGAUAUCUGGUCUGCGGCCAUAAUCUUUGCCUGUAUGAUUCUCAAAAAGUUUCCUUGGAAGAUUCCAAAGCUGAAAGAUAACUCCUUCAAACUCUUCUGCUCCGGCAGAAAUUGUGAUUCACUAAGUGCUUUGGUAGUUCGUACACCGCAACAACCUUCUGAUCCUCCAGCUUACGAAAAUGUGGUGAGCAGCGAAGAAAAUUCUUCAAAAGCCGCAACUCCACCAGCGUCAGCGCCAGAACCAUCGCCAUCUCCUGCUCCUGCUAGCAAUAAUCCUGUCGACCCAGGCAACCCUAAUAUUGGGCCACAGAGACUACUACAUUCUUUACCGGAGGAAUCUCAGCAUAUCAUUGGCCGUAUGGUGGAUUUGGCCCCAGCUUGUAGAGCGAGCAUUGAUGAUAUCAUGCGUGAUUCGUGGAUCGAGUCUAUUGACAUGUGUGACGUUGUGGAAGAGGGGUUUAACAUCAAGAUUAUUCAAGGUGCGAACCAUAAGCACACCCAAGUUGAUCAGAGUGAGGCUCACAUUGCGGGUCUCGAAAAGAAGAAAAAGAAACAAAACCGUUGA